AGCCUGUACGGAGAAGGGGCGGGGCCAAAACUGCGCGCCCAAUCGGGGUGACGCUCUAGCAUUGCCGGGGACUCGUGGGGUAACUUGCUCUUGGGAGCCAGCGGUAUGGCGUCGGGCUGCAAGAUUGGCCCGUCCAUCCUCAACAGCGACCUGGCCAAUUUAGGGGCCGAGUGCCUCCGGAUGCUAGACUCUGGGGCCGAUUAUCUGCACCUGGACGUAAUGGACGGGCACCCUGCUCUUCAGGGAGGUCAGUUUUUUGCAUUUUGUUCCCAACAUCACCUUUGGUCACCCUGUGGUAGAAAGCCUUCGAAAGCAGCUAGGCCAGGACCCUUUCUUUGACAUGCACAUGAUGGUGUCCAAGCCAGAACAGUGGGUAAAGCCAAUGGCUGUAGCAGGAGCCAAUCAGUACACCUUUCAUCUCGAGGCUACUGAGAACCCAGGGGCUUUGAUUAAAGACAUUCGGGAGAAUGGGAUGAAGGUUGGCCUUGCCAUCAAACCAGGAACCUCAGUUGAGUAUUUGGCACCAUGGGCUAAUCAGAUAGAUAUGGCCUUGGUUAUGACAGUGGAACCGGGGUUUGGAGGGCAGAAAUUCAUGGAAGAUAUGAUGCCAAAGGUUCACUGGUUGAGGACCCAGUUCCCAUCUUUGGAUAUAGAGGUCGAUGGUGGAGUAGGUCCUGACACUGUCCAUAAAUGUGCAGAGGCAGGAGCUAACAUGAUUGUGUCUGGCAGUGCUAUUAUGAGGAGUGAAGACCCCAGAUCUGUGAUCAACCUAUUAAGAAAUGUUUGCUCAGAAGCUGCUCAGAAACGUUCUCUUGAUCGAUGAAACCAUAAGGAGCCCAGUGUUCGUGUUCAUGAAAUCUCCCUUUUACUGGAAAACAGGAAUAUUGACUACCAAAUCAUAAUGCAAUUGAAGCUGUACUGCUUUUUUGAGCAGUUAUUCAUUCCAGUGAUUAAAACUGAUUGUGCAGAAUAUUCUAAGAGGUCAGAAAUUGGUGUGUAUAACUACAUUUUUAGUGAUGCAAUUGAUUAGUGAGUAAGAUACUGUUUUGAUUGAGAGAUUUGAUUUUUAUAAAGUAAAAAUACGGCUGCAUUAAGGUUACAAACAGAAAAGUGUCUUAAUGUCUAAGGAGGGCAUAUUAGCUACACUACAAAAACAAAUUUUGUCUGUACUUCUGAAAAGAAUUUUGUUGUUUCUCAGCUGUUUUCCAAAAGCAAAGGAAGUCUCUAUGGUUUUUUUCUAUUUCAUGUUAUUGUGAUUUGUUUAUAAGUUUGGGUGGGGAGCAUACCAUAUUCUUGGUUCUUAAAAUCUAUCACUUUUCACCUUACACUUGAUGUGUGAAAACUAUAAAAACAAUGUGUGAAACCCAGGGGUUCUAAAAUACAAGCAUAGAUUUUAUCAGGGUGUUUUGUCAAAGCAGGUUAUUAAGUGAUUCCUCCCCACCAUUCUUAAGAACGUUAAAUAAUGCUGUUGUGUUAGCUCUGAGUAGAAAGGAAAAAGUAAAACCUCUGUUUGGAGGUAAUAUUGGGUUGAAUUCUGACUGCCCCUUUCUAGCUGGACCUUUAACAAAUCACCCAAUCCUUUUUGUGUUUCUCUAAAGUCAUUUAUACAUUAAAUGUAAUUAUAGCAACUGUGGGGUUCUGUUGAGAAUUAAGAGGUAACACUAUAUAUGUAAAGUUUCCAGUACUAGUCCCAGAAUUUAGAAUAUGCUCAACACAAAGUAAACAGCAUUAUAUAAGUUUAUAUUUUUGUGAGUUAUAAAGUACUUUGAUAUAUUCUCAUUAAAUCUGUAAAUCACCUCUAUAAGUAAGUGGUAAUAAUAAAGCAGAUAUUUUUGUCCCCAUUUAAAAAAUGAAGAAAUUAAUGCUUAAUAGGGUGGUACCCUGGAAAGGAUCUGGGAAGUGGUAGAAUUUCUGGUCUGUACUUUUACAAAUGGAGCCCUUGGGAGGUGGGUUAGGUAAAAGAAGCUUUUUACUUAACGUUGUCUUAUUUCCAGUCUAAUUUUACGCUGUAGCAGAACCAGAUGGCUGAGAAAAUUCUGGAACUAUGGAUCUUGACCCCAAGGAUAUAUUAUUUUAUUCCAAGAAAGAUCAGGUAGGCAAAAAGAUGACAGGAUGCAGAGUCAAUCCAUAAACUAAAUAUUUAUAACUGUUCUGAAUUACACAGAGUCUAAAAAUAUGUGUCAGCUACUUCAUUCCUGUAAAUACUCUUGCUGUGUUAUAAAUAUGGCAAGAAAUAAUCAUGACCAAUAUCAAUAGACUUCUUGAGGCUACUAUAAGUUUUGAGAAAUAAGGUUCAAAAAAUAAGAAUGCUAACACUUAAGCACAGACUAGAGCUUGCUUGGGUUUCUUCCUGCAUUACAAGGUAAAAAUUUGUUAAUGUUUGUUUUUAUUCAGCUUGGGAAAGCUUUGUGCCAUGAAUACGUCGCAUUUAAUAACAAGCAACACAAGGCAUAUAGAAAUAACUUUAAUUAAAAAACUUACAUAGAGGAUUAUAAUAUCAGACGUGACAAAGAUUUGAGUUUAUUUGCCUGGACAACUUGGGUUUGUCUGGCUUUUGUUUUCUUUUUCUUUAAAAAUAAAUGUACAGUAAAACUACAAGCAAAAGUUUGUCAGUAUUGAAUUGAAUUUUUUACCCCUUAAAAGGACUAGUAUAAUUUCCAAUCUCUAACAAAAACUUAGUGUCAAAUCUCACAGAUAAGGCCAAAUGGCCAAUAUUUUCAGUUAUGUGGGUAGUACAACUGGAGUAACCUUUCUUACAUGACAAAAAGUGAGUUAUAUAAAUUGUCCUCAACUUUCACAUAGAAAAAAAAUGGUUUAAUAGCUUCAAAAGGAAUUUUCUUUCAUGUAUACUCUUCAGUAUCCAAUAUUGAAGCUUUGUUCUUUGAAAAAUUUUAAUUUCCAAUCUAGGAUGCAAGCAAGAAUAUAUGUUUAUUUGAAUAGAGUAAGCUAUGGCAAAGAAUGACCAAAUUAGCUAGAAAUAGAAAUCAGCCAGAAUUAACUAAUUUCUUGCUAAUCUAGAAAUACAAUCAUCUUUUUUUUUUUUUUUUUCAAAUUUUAUACUGAUAGGACUUUACUGUUUGUGGCUCAUUUUAAACUGGUGUCUUCUCUUCAUGAGACACAUUAAUUGGUAAAACUCAAAUUGAGUUUUCAAAGAUGUGAUAGUAUUAAAGUGCACCAAUAUUUAACUCAAAUUUGCUUGCUUUAUUUUGUUAGGAGUAAACAGAAAGUAGCCUGUGUUUAGUCCCAAAGAUAGCAGUGAUUUUGAAUAAAGGAGUUUUGUGUUGCCUGA